CAGUUUCAUUCAUUGAAUCAUCCUCAGACAGCCUUGAUACAUUCCGCACCAACAGAAAAAUGAUCUUCAAUCAACAAAAAGUCUUCAAUCCCGAUGAGCAGAUACCUGACCUAUCAGGGAAAGUUAUUCUCGUUACCGGAGGGAACAACGGCCUGGGGAAGGAAACCGUUACUCAGCUUGCAAAACACAGCCCAGCCAGGAUCUACCUCGGAGCUCGAAAUCAAGAAAAAGCACAGGCCGCCAUCGCCGACAUUAAGAAGGAGAUACCAGAGGCAAACAUUGUUUUUCUUGAGAUAGAUCUUGCAUCUUUCUCCUCUAUAGCUAAAGCUGUACGUGUGUUCUUGUCAGAGGGCGACCGUCUCGACAUCCUUGUCAACAAUGCCGGCAUCUUUGCGUGCCCACCGGGUCUUACGGAAGAUGGCUACGAGAUCCAAUUCGGCACCAACUAUAUGGGGCCAGUCCUUCUCACAAGACUGCUUUUGCCUUGUUUGGAGAAAACAGCUUUAGGUCCAGGCAACGACGUGCGCGUUGUCUUUGUGAGUUCGGCGUUGCAUACCCUUUCGCCUAAAGAGGGUCUGAUUCUCUCCGAGGUCAAAACUACACUUGAACGGAUCAACACAAUGACUCGUUAUGGACAAUCAAAGCUCGCCGAAAUGUAUUUCGCUCGAAUCCUGGCAAAAACCAACCCUGCCAUCACAACAAUCGCAGUCCACCCAGGAGUUGUUCGCACAGGUAUUAUGGACGGCCCAAUGUCAAACCCCAUCAUGAAGUGGCUUUUGCGGCUUUUAGGAAACGCAGCGUCUGUCGAUAUACCAACAGGGACAUUGAAUCAAUUGUGGGCAUGCACGGUGUCACGUGAAACAAUUGCAAAUGGUGGGAUGUACUACCCAGUUGGCAAAGAAUUUAAGGGGAGGAGAGAUGUGUUAGAUGAAGAUGUAGCUAAGGAAUUAUGGUCGUGGACAGAGUCUGAACUAAAAGGAAAAGAACUUUGAACCGCAAAUACGUAGAAUCGUUAUCCUAGGGUAGGCAGCUAUAGAUAUCUAAUUUAGUCACCAG